AUGGCGCUCACAGGUAGGGGCUUAGACCGGUUUCAUUUGGUUUUGUUGAUGCUAUGGACUCUAUCGCAAUAUUCAGCAUCCAGCCAAGUUCGUCAAGAGUUCCAGAUACUGGAGGAGCAGCCCGUUGGUACCUACGUGGGCACGAUAGAGACUAAGCCCAGCUUCACUUACCGCUUCAGUGAGAACCACAGACUUUUUGCAAUUAACGGCACCACCGGAGUCAUUUACACCUCCUCAGUGAUUGACCGGGAGGUUUUACAAAGCAAUGUCAUUAACGUCGUGGUGCUCUCCAGCCAACCCACCUAUCCCACCGAGGUCAGGAUUGUCGUGCUGGAUAUCAAUGACAAUUCUCCCGUAUUUCCCGAUGCCUCCAUUGUCGUGUCUUUCAAAGAGGACGCCAGCAGUGGCAGACAAGUGAUUCUGGACACUGCUACAGAUUCGGACAUAGGAAGUAACGGAGUGGAUCACACCACUUACAGAAUAGUGAACGGCAACGAGCAGAGGAAAUUCCGUUUGGAUAUUACUGUCAAUCCCAGUGGAGAGGGGGCAUUCUUGCACCUUGUUACAACUGGAGGCUUGGACAGGGAAGUUACCCCGUUUUACCAACUUCUAAUUGAGGUAGAAGACAAAGGAGACCCUAAGAAGUUUGGCUACCUCCAAGUAAAUGUCACUAUUCAAGAUAUAAACGACAACCCCCCUAUUUUUGACCAUGACCAAUAUCAGAAUAGUGUGUUUGAGGAUGCAGCAGUAGGUUCUAGUGUCCUGCAAAUCACAGCGUCAGAUCAGGAUGAGGGAGCCAACGCUGAUAUACAGUACUUUCUAGAUGAGGGAACACCUUUCCAAAUUGACCCUAAAGCAGGCACAGUUAUCAUAAAGGAGGGCCUGGAUUAUGAGAGCAAGAAAGAGUACUCACUGACUAUUCAUGCAGUGGACAACGGCGUCCCCUCUCUAUCAGGCAGAACAGAAGCCACAAUCAAACUUUUGGAUGUGAACGAUAAUGACCCUGUGGUCAAAUUUCGCUAUUUUCCCACUACCUCUAAAUUUGCCUCUGUUGAUGAAAAUGCCCAGAUUGGCACUGUAGUGGCUUUACUUACCGUUUCUGAUUCAGACUCCCCCACAGCUAAUGGUAACAUAUCUGUUUCCAUCUUAGGAGGGAAUGAGCAGAGACACUUUGAAGUGCACACGUCUCCAGUCCCUAAUUUAAGUCUGAUCAAAGUGGCCAGUGUUUUAGACAGGGAGCGCAUUUCCUCAUACAACCUGACCGUGUCUGUGUCAGACAACGGCAAGCCGGUGGCCAGGUCCUCCUUUGCCAGCCUGGUUAUUUUUGUGAAUGAUAUCAAUGACCACCCGCCCAUAUUUCAGGAAGCAUUGUACAGAGUAGAUAUCAGUGAAGACAUUCCAAAAGGCAGCUACAUUAAAGGGGUCUCUGCAACAGAUGGCGACUCUGGGCAGAAUGCCAACCUGCGCUACUCUGUGGUGUCUGGAAACGCUUUGGGCUGGUUCUCCAUCAGUGAAAACAGUGGUCUGGUUACCAGCGCCGCUUUGCUGGAUAGGGAAAUAGCAUCUGAAAUUGUGCUUAACAUCAGUGCCAAAGACCAGGGCCUGCAGCCCAAAAUCUCCUAUACUAAACUAAUAGUCAACAUCACUGAUGUUAACGACCAAGUACCCACGUUUACACAGAGCACGUAUCAUGUCUCCAUGGUGGAACACACUCCCGCCGGCACUGAGCUGGUGGUGCUGUCUGCCUCAGAUGAUGACCUCGGGGCCAAUGGAACUAUCCGGUUCUCAUUUGAUACAGAGACUCCAGCCAAUGUCCAGGAGCUGUUUCGCCUGGACGCUGUGUCAGGCAAAUUAAGCGCAGCUGCAGAGCUAGACAGGGAAGACCAGGCCUCGUACUUGCUUUACAUCCAAGCAACAGACUCUGGCAGCCCCCCUCUUCACUCUGUUGGCAAAGUCAACAUCACAGUGAGGGAUAUCAAUGACAAUAGACCAGUUUUCUAUCCGGUACAGUACUUUGCCAAUGUGAAAGAGAAUGAGCCCUCAGGCUCUUAUGUGACCUCUGUGUCUGCCACAGACCCUGAUUUGGGACGGAAUGGUACAGUCAAAUAUAUAAUAACUGCUGGAGACACUUCAAAAUUUCACAUUGAUAGCAACACAGGCAAAAUAACCACUCUAGUGCCUCUGGAUAGAGAGGAGAAAACUGCCUAUCAGCUGCAGGUGACAGCAGCAGAUGGCGGUGGCCUCCGGUCACACACUCAGGCCAUAGUGACCGUCACUGUCAUAGACACGCAGGACAACCCCCCUACCUUCAGCCAGAAAGUCUACAGCUUUGUCAUGUUUGAAAAUGUUGGUAUUGGAACAGUCAUAGGGACGGUGGCUGCCACUACCGUUGAUCUGAAUACAAACAUAACAUAUCUGAUCACCUCAGGGGACCAGAGGGGACUUUUUGCUGUGAACAACGCAGGUCAGAUCACAGCAACUAGUCAGAUAGAUAGAGAGGAGAAGGGUUUUUAUCAGCUUAAAGUUGUAGCCAGAGGUGGGGAGGUCACCGGGACAGCCCUAGUUAACAUAACCGUGAAGGACCUAAAUGAUAACGCCCCUCAUUUUAUCCAUGCUAUGGAACACGUCAGUGCAGUUGAAAACUGGAGCACCGGACAUGUCAUAUUCCAAGCCAAAGCUUCAGACCCGGAUGAGGGCACCAAUGGCAUGGUGGUCUACAGCCUCAAACAAAACCCAAAGGGCCUGUUCCACGUUCACGAGAAACACGGUCUCAUCACACUGACUGGCCCGCUGGAAGUCACCACCAGUUCUUAUCAGGUGGAGGUCAAAGCAUCAGACAUGGGCGUACCCCAGCGUACCUCCAGUCUCAUUCUUACAGUUAGCGUGUAUGACGUCAACGACAACUCCCCGGUGUUUGAUCAGCUCUCAUACGAGGUCAUCAUUCUGGAGUCAGAGCCCGUCAACAGCCGCUUUUUCAAGGUGGAGGCCACUGACAAAGACUCUGGCCUGAAUGGUGAGAUCAUGUACAACAUUGUUGGUGGCAACACAGGGGAAGUCUUUGGUAUUUUUCCAGAUGGGCAGCUGUACAUAAAAGCUGAGCUGGACAGAGAGAUACAGGACAGAUAUAACCUUGUGGUCGAGGCCACGGAUAGAGCUGUGGAGCCACUAACUGCCACUGUUAAUGUCAGUGUAAUUCUAGAUGAUGUGAACGAUAACCGGCCCCUUUUUAACAGCACCAAUUAUGUCUUCCGCUUUGAAGAAGAGCAGGAGAGAGGGUCUCUUGUUGGACGGGUUUUUACAGAGGAUAAAGACUUUGGGCCAAACAGUGAGGUCAGAUAUGCAUUUGAGACUCCGCAGCCCAACUUUGAACUGAAUGCCAUCACUGGGGAGUUGACCAGCACACUGCAGCUUGACCGUGAAUCACUAAUGCGACAAAGAGGCACCGCUGUGUUCAGCUUCACGGUUGUCUCGUCAGACCAGGGUCUCCCCAAGCCCCUCAGAGACCAAGCUAAAGUGCAAGUUUACAUUCAGGACAUCAACGACAACCCGCCCAAGUUCACCAAAGACAUUUACCAGGCCUCCAUUUCUGAGUUGGCCCAGAAUAUGACGCAACUGCUUCGGGUUUCCGCCUCCGAUGUGGAUGAGAACAAAAAUGGACUGGUCCAUUACCACGUAACUGAGGGCAACGAGGAGGGACAGUUUAACAUUGAUGGCAGCUCUGGACAGGUAACGCUUGUUGGAAAGCUGGACUAUGAAACCACAUCCUCCUAUUCACUAAAAAUCAUAGCCAUCGAUGCUGGACAUGUUCCCUUGUCUGCCUCUUGUAUGCUCAGCAUUAGCAUUUUGGAUGAGAAUGACAACGCCCCUUCCUUCCCUAAAACCUCUCUGUCUGUGGAUGUGUUGGAGAACAUGAGGAUAGGGGAGUUGGUCGCCUCUGUGACCGCCACUGACGCAGAUUCUGGUCAGAAUGCAGACAUUACUUACAGUAUUACAGCCACAAACAACCAUGGCACUUUUAGCAUUAGCCCCAAUACUGGCAGCAUCUUUCUAGUUAAAAAGCUGGACUAUGAGACUCAGUCCUUUUACAAGCUCAAUAUCACUGCAAAGGACAACGGCAGACCACCCCGCUCUUCAUCCAUCCCUGUGGUCAUACAUGUCAGAGAUUUUAAUGAUAAUCCUCCAAUAUUUACCCCUGGUGACAUUUUCAAAUCCAUCCCUGAAAAUCUUCCCAUCUCAGCCUCAGUCAUGACAAUUACUGCUCAUGACACCGAUGCUGACAUAAAUGGCAAGCUGGAGUACUCAAUUGUUCAGCAGACACCCAGAGGAGGCCACUUCAGCAUUGACUCCAGCAGUGGGCUCAUUUACACGAGUAGAGAGAUAGACAGGGAGUUCUCCAAUCUGUUUGAACUGAAAGUGAAGGCCACCGACCAGGCGGUCCCUAUGGAAUUCCGUCGAUUUGCACUGAAGAAUGUCACAAUAUGGGUCACAGACCAGAACGAUAACAUCCCCACUUUUGUGUCCCAGAAUGCACUUGUGGCUGAGCCCAACAUAGUCAUCGGUUCAAUCCUCACAACGGUGGUGGCCUUCGAUCCGGAUGAGGGUGCGAAUGGUGAGGUGGAGUAUGAGCUAGUGAAAGGGGACUCGGAUACAUUCAUCAUGGAUCGAUACAGUGGGGACAUUCGCCUGGCCUCCCAACUGGUACCCUCCCGGCUCAUGUAUGUUCUCACAGUGUCUGCCACCGACCAUGGUACUGACCGCAAAACCUCCAGAACUGAUCUGACCAUCAUCCUUCAGGGGGUCGACGGUCCCGUUUUCUCCCAACCCAAAUACAUCACUAUCCUCAAAGAGGGCCAGCCGCCAGGCACCAAUGUCAUUUCCCUGGAUGCCUCAAGCCCCAGGGGCUCGGCUACUAAAGUAGAGUUUUUCAUCGUGGCGGUGCGCAGCGGCGGCAAGGCCGUGGGGCGCCUGUUCACCAUUGGCCGCCAUACCGGAGUGAUUCAGACUGCUGCUGAGUUGGACCGUGAGCAAGGCUCCGACCUCUACCUGGUGGAUGUGUAUGCCAUUGAGACAGACGCCAGCCAGCCCCGGACUCAGCGUGCAGAGGUGGAGAUCACGCUGCAGGACGUCAACGAUAACCCGCCUGUUUUCCCCAAUGAUAUUCUCGACGUGACGAUUGAGGAGAACAUUGGCGAUGGCUUCAAGAUAAUGCAGCUAACAGCCACGGAUGCUGAUGAGGGUCCCAAUGCUCUUGUGACGUACACCAUCAUCAGCGGCGCCGAUGACAGUUUUCGGAUUGAUCCUGAAUCUGGUGACCUGAUUGCGACCAAAAAACUGGAUCGGGAACGCCGGUCCAAAUAUUCCCUGCUGGUGCGAGCAGAUGAUGGAAAGCAGUCAUCCGACAUGCGACUGAAUAUCACCGUCAGUGACGUCAAUGACCACACACCCAAGUUUUCACGUGGAACAUAUUCCUUUGAUAUCCCGGAGGAUAUGGCACCGGGCUCCAUUGUGGCGGCAAUCCUGGCCAGCGACUCUGACUCGGGGUUAAACGGAGAGGUCACCUAUUCACUGGCAGAGGAGGACGUUGAAGACGACACGUUCCUCCUUAAUCCAGUGACAGGGGUCUUUAACGUGACAAGAGCGCUGGACUAUGAGACCCAGCAGUACUACAUCUUGACGGCCGUGGCCCUGGAUGGGGGAGGGCAGGCCAGCACGGUCAGGGUGUAUUUCAAUGUCCUUGAUGUGAAUGACAACCCACCUGUCUUCAACACCAGCGUGUACAGCACCUCCAUCUCAGAGAGUCUGCCACCUGGCUCGAGCAUUGUCACUGUUGGGGCCAGUGAUGCUGAUGAUGGUCCAAACGCUGGGCUUUUCUACAGCAUUGCGUCAGGUGAUCCCCAGGGCCACUUUGACAUCACGAAGGAAGGCGUCCUGCACACCAAGGGGGCAUUGGACAGGGAAACCCAGUCCUUCUAUAACCUGGUGAUCACAGUCCAUGACCUGGCUCCGCCUCCAAUCACGCGCUUCACCAGCACAGCCCAGGUGUCAAUCAUUCUCCUGGAUGUCAAUGACUGCGCACCCAUUUUCACCUCCCAGAAGAUGACAUACAUCCAGGAGAACACACCAGUGGAUACAGUCGUCUUCAAGGCUCAUGCCGCGGACGCCGACAGCGGGCCCAACAGCUACGUAGAGUACUCCCUCAGAGGGCCCUUUGGAAAUAAGUUCAGUAUUGGCACAAUUGAUGGUGAUGUCCGACUAGUUGGGGAGCUCGACCGGGAGGAGCUUUCCAACUACACACUGAUGGUUGUGGCUACAGACAAAGGUGAGCCUGCUCUGUCCUCCUCCAUGGAUGUGACCAUGAUAGUUCUGGAUGUCAACGACAACACGCCAAGCUUCUCGCAGAACAUCUAUGACAUCGAGAUUGAGGAAAACACCCUGACGGGUACCGACAUCAUCCAGGUGUUCGCCAGCGAUGCUGAUGAGGGGACCAAUGGACAGAUCCGCUUUUCGAUCACCGGGGGCAACACCAACUCGGAUUUCCGGAUCGAUUCUGUCACUGGUGUGAUUUCGGUGGCCAAGCAGUUGGACCGUGAGGCUCGGUCAGCCUACUCGCUGGUGGUCCAGGCUUCAGACCGUGGGAGCAGUCCCAGAGUGGACAGUGCCACGGUUAACAUUGUACUGUUAGAUGUCAAUGACUGCCCACCGGUGUUUGAGCUUUCUCCUUACACUGUGAAUGUUCAGGAGAACCUCAACAACCUACCGAGACACAUUCUGCAGGUGGUGGCCAGAGACGAUGACCAAGGUGCCAAUGGUCAGCUAAGCUACAUGCUCAGCGGUGGAAAUGAUGAGGGUUCUUUCAGCCUUUCGUCCAGCGGCCAGCUCAGCCUGACCCAAACCCUGGACCGCGAGGUGAAGGGAAAGUAUACCCUUCUGGUCACAGCAACCGACUCAGGUUCUCCACCUCUCAGUGGAACAGGCAUGGUGACGGUUCUGGUGGAUGACGUAAACGACAACGUCCCAGUUUUCACCUCCUCCGCCUUCCACACCACCAUCGCAGAGGACGCCCCCACGGGGACCGACGUGUUGUUGGUCAAUAGCUCCGACGCAGACGUGGGCAUCAACGGCGUUAUAAGCUACAGUCUGACCGGAGGCAAUGGCCAGUUCUCCAUCAACCCAGCCACUGGUCAGAUAAUCACCAGCUCCCUGCUGGACCGUGAAGCCAGGACCAAUUACCAGCUGCUGGUUGUAGCUACAGAUGGAGGGCAGCCUCAGGGCAUGUCCAGCUCCACCACCGUGUCUGUGACGGUGUCCGACAUCAAUGACAACCCUCCCCGUUUCCACCACCAUCCCUACGUCACCCACAUCCCUGCCUCCACCUCAGCAGGCUCUUUGGUCUUUGCUGUUACUGUGACUGAUGAAGAUGCAGGAUCCAACGCCCAGCUGCACUACUCCCUGAUGGGACGUAGCUCUGAGAAGUUCAAGAUCGAUCCUGUCCGAGGUGCCAUCACAGCCAGUGAGAGGCUGACAGGAAGCUCAGAGGUCACCCUUACUGUUAGAGUGAAGGAUGGCGGAGCCAAUCCCAAAACAGAUACAACCACUGUGACGGUCCGCUUUGUCACCGGCGGGGAUUUCCCUGUUAUCAGGCUGAGGGAUCGCACAUUCACAUUCACCGAGAGUCAGCGGACUGACACGAUUGUUACCACAGUGACCGGGUCUUCGACGAGGGGCGGGCCGCUGUCGUACUACAUUGCCAGCGGCAAUCUGGAUAACGCCUUUCAUAUUGACCAACUUUCAGGAGAGCUGUCAAUCAAACAUCCCUUGGAUUAUGAACACAUUCAAAAGUAUGUGCUCUGGCUGGAGGCCAGGGACCAAGGUUUCCCCCCCUACUCUUCCUAUGAGAAGGUAGAAAUAACCGUGAUAGAUGUUAAUGACAAUCACCCAGUGUUUGCUAAGGAGCCAUUCCAUGCUGAAAUACUAGAGAACCUGUCUCCUCAGCAGGUGCUAAUAGUCUCCGCUAUCGACCAGGACAGCGGACCAAACGGACAGCUGGAGUAUGCCAUUGUCGAUGGUAACAAGGAGAACAGUUUCAGUGUCAACCGGGCCACUGGUGAAAUCCGAACCACCAGGCCACUUGACCGGGAGAAAGUGCCUCAGUACACUUUGAAAAUCAAAGCCAUCGACCGAGGAGCCACACCCAAAAGCACAACAGUCAAAGUCGUCAUCAACGUACUGGAUGUUAAUGACAAUGCCCCGAGGUUUUCUAAGAUUUUUAGUGCUACGGUCACCGAGAGCGCUCCUGUAGGUUACACUGUCACCAGGGUCACCACCACAGAUGAGGACACUGGUGCUAAUGCCAUAAGCAAAUAUUCAAUCACAGAUACUAGCCUCCCAUUUAAUAUCAAUCCCAGCACAGGAGACAUAACCAUCAGUAGGCCUCUUAAUAGGGAGGACACUGAUCAUUACAUCGCCAAAGUGUCAGCCCAUGAUUCUGGAUGGACAGUAAGCACAGAUGUCACAAUAUUCAUAACGGAUGUAAAUGAUAAUCCCCCCAGAUUCAGCCGACCAUCAUACUAUCUGGACUACCCUGAGCUGACAGAGGUGGGCUCGCUGGUCACUCAGGUAUCUGCCACAGAUCCAGAUAAGGGCUUCAAUGGCAAAAUAUUUUAUUUUAUCCGAUCUCAGUCUGAGUAUUUCAGGAUCAACUCAAGUACUGGAGAGAUAUUUGUAAAGCAGCAGUUGAAAUAUCAGAACAUGACACACGCUAGUAGCAUAAAUAUCAACCGACACAGCUUCAUUGUCACAGCUUCAGACCGUGGAAUCAAGCCACUCAUGAGUGAGACCACCGUUAUUGUGAAUAUUGUGGACAGUAACGAUAACCCCCCCAAUUUUGAGUCAACUAGUUACUUCACUCCUGUUACUAAAAGUGUCAAGGUUGGCACCAAGCUAAUCAGAGUGGUAGCCCAUGACAAGAAGGACUUUGGCCUGAACUCUGAGAUAGAGUACCUAAUAUCAGGAGGAAACAGCUCGAGCAAAUUCAAACUGGACCAGCAGAGCGGAUGGGUUACCGUUGCCUCUCCACUUACCUCUGAUGUGAAUAAAGUUUUCCUCAUUGACAUUAAAGCCAGAGACAGAGGAAAUCCUCCUUUGUCUGCGAGAACAUCAGUGCGAGUGGCGGUGACAGAGGAAAACCACCACACACCUGAGUUCUCUCAAAGCCAAAUCACAGCAACAGUACCCGAAAGCCUUGCCAUUGGUACGGCAAUACGAACCCUUUUGGCAAGAGACAAGGAUAAAGAAAUGAAUGGCCUUGUCACGUACAACAUCAACUCAGGCAAUGACAAGGGUUUGUUUGUGAUAAACAGUAAAACUGGUGUUCUGUCAUUAGCGCAACCACUAGACUUUGAAGAGAAGCAGCGACAUGAGCUCAAAGUUUCAGCCACAGAUGGGGGCUGGAUUGCAAAAACCAGCUAUGUCACGGUGACAAUUCAUGUGACCGAUGUCAACGACAACCCCCCUGUAUUUAACCCUGAUGAGUAUUUCCCUGUUGUACAGGAGAAUGUUCCUAGUGGCACCACAGUGGUAAAAAUGAAUGCUACAGAUAGUGAUUCGGGCGCCAAUGCAGUCAUGGCCUAUGUAAUCCAGUCAUCAGACAGUGACCUCUUUGUUAUCGACCCAAACACUGGCAUCAUCACCACCCAGGGGUUCUUAGAUUAUGAGGCUAAGCAGGUUUACCAUUUGACAGUAAAGGCAUUCAACGUUCCAGAUGAGGAGCGCUGCAGCUUUGCCAAUGUCAACAUUCAGCUAAAGGGAGCCAAUGAAUAUGUACCCCGCUUUGUCUCCAAACAGUACUACUUUGAAAUCUCUGAAGCUGCUCCAAAAGGCACUACAGUUGGUGAAGUGUUUGCCAGUGAUCGAGACCAAGGUGAUGACGGAAUGGUUUACUACCUCAUUUUUGGGAAGAGUCGAAAAAAAGGAUUUGGUAUCAACAAGAGGACAGGUCAGAUUUAUGUUACCGGCACUCUCGACCGUGAGAAAGAGGAAAAAAUCUCUCUUAAGGUAUUGGCCAAAAAUGCUGGAAGUAUCAGAGGGGCAGAUAUCGACGAGGUGUUCGUGAACAUUACAAUCCUUGAUGCCAAUGAUCCCCCUGUCUUUACUCAAGAGCUGUAUGAUGUGCAGAUCAGCGAGGGCCUCUCACCUGGUGGUUUGGUAACUUUUGUCAGUGCCCAGGACUCAGACUCCAUCCCAAGCUGGAGCAGAUUCUCUUACUCCUUUGCCCCUGAGUUUAAUAAAAACGUUUUCACCAUCAACCCUCAAACUGGCCAAGUAUCUGUAGCAGCAGAGCUAGACAGAGAAACAACCCCAGUUUAUAAUCUAACAGUUUUAGCUGUGGACACUGGUUCCCCAUCUGCCACUGGAAGUGCUACUUUGAUCGUGAACCUGGAAGAUAUCAAUGAUAAUGGUCCAACUUUGACAACCAUCAUCGCUGAGGUAAUGGAAAACCAGAGAGCUGGAACUGCAGUCACGACUUUAGCAGCCUCUGACCCAGAUCUACCACCCAACCAAGGUCCUUUCUCAUACAGCCAUCUCAGUACAGGCUCCGCCAACAGCUACUUCAUUCUCAGUCCGGCUGGAGUCUUGACCACCAGUCGAGAGAUUGACAGGGAGCAGAUCAGUGACUUCUAUCUCCCUGUUGUGAUAAAGGACUCUGGUGUGCCUCAGAUGUCCUCCACAGGAACCAUUCACAUCAAGGUCAAUGAUCAGAAUGACAACCCUUCACAGCCUAGGUCCAUGGAGAUCUAUGUCCACUAUUUUGGUAAUAUGUUCCCCGGUGGUUCCUUGGGAGUUGUGAAACCACAAGACCCCGAUAUCCAGGACAGGUUCCACUGCUCCUUGAUUCCUCCCUCUUCUGGUCUGUUUAGUAUACCAACAGGUACAUGCAACCUCAGCUCAAAGGCUCGCUCAACAGAUGGGACCUUUGACUUAACCAUUCGUAGCAGUGACGGUGUCCAUGGGUCCGUCAGCAAUACUGCCCGGGUCUUUUUCAUGGGCUACACUAACGCCACUGUGGACAACAGCAUACUCAUCCGACUACACUCCCAGGGAGUUAAGAGCUUCCUUACGGAUCACUACCAAAGUGUCUUGCGCAUCGCCAACUCUCAGCUGGCAGGGCUGGGCACAGGGGUGCUGCUCUAUGGUGCAUUUGAGCUCAACAACCAGACUUUCCUGAUGGCGGCUGUGAAGCGGGGGCAGGGACAGUAUGUCAGUCCCAGCGGUGUGGCGACAUUCUUCCAGAGCAUCAAAGAUAUUCUGCACAGGCAGAGUGGUGUGCAUAUAGAUGCAGUGGACCACGAUCCUUGCACACACAACCCCUGUCAGAAUGGAGGCAGUUGCAAAAGGCGUCUCAGUGUUGGCCCUGACAUGAAAACAGAAGAAAGCAUCCCUAUGAUCCUGGUUUCCAACCAACCCCUGCAGCCUUACGCCUGCAGUUGCAGACCAGGAUAUACGGGAGCACUGUGCGAGACAGACAUCGAUGAGUGCCAGCCUUCACCCUGCCACAAUGGUGGAACUUGCCACAAUCUGGUGGGGGGGUUCUCCUGUACAUGCCCAGAUGGCUUCACUGGAAUGGCUUGCGAGAGGGAUGUCAAUGAGUGUCUUUCCAACCCUUGCAAGAACGGGGCACUCUGCCAGAACUAUCCCGGUGGCUUCAACUGCCUCUGCAAAUCUGGCUUUUCAGGCAAAACCUGUGAUUCCAUCAUCAAUCACUGUGAGUGUAACCCUUGUUUUAAUGGCGGCUCCUGUCAGAAUCGGGUGGAUGGAUAUUACUGUCAUUGUCCAUUUGGGGUUUUCGGAAAACACUGUGAGCUCAACAGCUACGGCUUCGAGGAGCUGUCCUACAUGGAGUUCCCUUCUCUUGAUCCCAACAACAACUACAUCUAUAUCAAGUUCGCCACCCUCAAGAGCAAUGCGCUGCUCAUGUACAACCAUGACAACCAGACUGGAGACAAGGCGGAGUUCCUGGCUCUGGAGAUCUUCGAAGGACGGAUGCGUUUCUCCUUUAACUUGGGGAGUGGGACUUAUAAACUAAUGACCAUGAUAAAAGUCGCAGAUGGAGAAUUCCACACGGUCAUCGCCAGGAGGGCUGGAAUGGCUGCAUCCCUGACUGUGGACUUGUGCGGCGAUGACCAGGAGCCAGGCUACUGCGCUGUGAGCAACGUGGCAGUGCACACUGAUUGGAUACUGGACGUCCAGCCUAACAGGCUCUCGGUGGGAGGUGUCCGGUCAAUAGAGCCCAUCCUUCACCGGCCCGGGCAGGUCGCCACCCAUGACUUCGUCGGCUGCAUCAUGGAGUUCGCCGUCAACGGCCGACCACUAGAGCCAAGUCAGGCGCUGGCAUCGCGUGAUAUCCUUGACAGAUGCCCUAGACUGGAAGGAGCCUGCACCGCCAACCCCUGCAGACACGGGGGCACCUGUUUGGACCACUGGUCCUGGCAGCAGUGCCAGUGUGUGGACGGCUUCACUGGCAAAUACUGUGAGAAAUACAUCACAGCAGACACGGCCCUAUCCCUAGACGGUACUGGUCGUCUGGACUACUCCCUGAGGCAGGGUCCCAAACGGGAUGUCCUACUGCGGCAGUCACUGCAGGGAACAAAUCCUGACCCUAGGGGUCCCAGCAGCCUGGAGGUGAAGUUCAGGACCCGCAGCAAAACCGGCACCCUGUUGCAUGUGCAGGAGAGCACCAACUACACUACUGUUAAGCUAAAGAACGGGAACAUCCACUACAUCUCAGAUGCAGGCGUGGGGGGCAAGGUGGAGCGGACCCUGGGGGACUCCGUGCUGUCGGACGGUCUGUGGCACACGCUCCAUCUGGUCAAGAAUGCUUCAGCCACUGCCCUGCAACUAGACGGUGCCCACCCCAAGGUCAUCCAGCAUACCACUCAGGACUUUGGGGGUCUCGGCGUCCUUACCUUGUCCCUGGGAGGGAUACCCCCUGGAUCUGCCCAGCAGAAAACUGCAGCAGGUUUUGACGGCUGCUUGGCCUAUGUCAAGUACAAUGGGGCGAGCCUUCCAUUUACCGGCGAACACAGCCUCGUCACGUCCACCAAGACCAGCUCCACUGUCAAGAUCGGCUGCCGGGGCCCUAACCUGUGUGAGAGCAGCCCUUGCUGGGAUGGACUGAUGUGCGUCAAUCAGUGGUACACCUACCAGUGUGUCCCGCCUGGCGCCUGUGCUUCCAACCCCUGUCAGAACCGCGGAAGCUGCGUGCCCGACCCACACACAGGUUUCACCUGUGUCUGCUCCGAGUACUACACAGGGAAGACGUGCGAGACCCUGGUGGCAUGCCUGGGCGCGCAGUGCCCACAGGGCACUGUCUGCAAAACGGCCAACAACGGUGGAUUCGUCUGCAGCCCCAGUCCCACUGCAGAGGAGAUGGUCCUCCCCAUCUGGGCAGUGCCCGCCAUUGUUGGCAGCUGUGCCACUGUCCUCGCCCUAGUGGUUCUAGGCCUGAUCCUGUGUAACCACUGUAAGGACCGCAACAAGACCAAAGUGCCAAAGGAGCCCAAGGAGAAGAAGCCCAAGGAGAAGAAGAAGAAAAAGAAGGGCAGUGAAAACGUGGCCUUUGACGACCCCGAUAACAUCCCGCCCUAUGGAGACGACAUGACGGUACGGAAACAGCCAGAGGGGAACCCGAAACCGGACAUUAUUGAGAGGGAAAACCCAUACCUGAUCUAUGAUGAAACGGACAUCCCUCACAGCAAUGAAACUGUCCCGAGCGCACCCUGUGCCCCCUGUAGCGGCCCGGAGGCAGAUAUUGAACAUUAUGACAUCGACAAUGCCAGCAGUAUUGCCCCUUCAGAUGCUGACAUCAUCCAGCACUACAAGCAGUUCCGCAGUCACACGCCUAAAUUCUCCAUCCAGAGACACAGCCCCCUAGGGUUUGCUCGACAGUCCCCCUUACCUCUGGGGGCAACAAGCUACACAUACCAACCUCAGUACAGCCAAGCGCUGAGAUCAACCCCUCUUAGCCACUCACACUCAGCUUGUCCCACCCCUAACCCACUGUCUAGACACAGCCCAGCCCCAUUCACCAAACCCUCCUCCUUUUACCGCAACACCCCAACCCGGGAGCUUAACUUAGCUCGCCGCGAUGGCAGCCCACUUGACCUGCACAAUGAGGUGUGCCAGCCUCCUCCCAUGUUUAACUAUGCCACCCGGCUGGGGAGGCGGAGCAAGAGCCCUCAGACGAUGGCAGGACAUGGCCACACCUCCAGGCCUGGUAGUCGGCUCAAGCAGCCGAUUGAGCAGAUCCCCCUGGAAACUGGACCUCCUGUGGGGCUCUCGAUUGAGGAGGUUGAGCGGCUCAAUACGCCACGCCCGCGCAAUCCCAGCAUCUGCAGCGCCGACCAUGGGCGCUCAAGCUCAGAAGAGGACUGCCGUAGGCCGCUGUCGAGGGUCCGCAAUCCAGCUGAUGGCAUCCCGGCACCAGAGUCCUCGUCAGAGAGCGACUCCCAUGACUCUUUCACCUGCUCAGAGAUGGAGUACGACCGGGAGAAGCCCGUGGCCUACAGCUCCCGGGUUCCCAAACUGUCGCAGGUCAAUGAGUCAGACGCCGACGAUGAGGACUAUGGCGGGAGACUCAAGCAGAGGCGGUACUCAAGCAGGAGGGCAGAGGGGGGGCCUGGCACUGCCCAGAUGCCCCCAAGUGACCAGCACUACACCAUGGCCCACAAACUAGGUCAGCAAGCGGGGGGCUUCAACUGGGACAAUCUGUUGAACUGGGGCCCUGGUUUUGGACAUUAUGUAGAUGUGUUCAAGGACCUAGCCAUGCUUCCUGAGAAUAAUGCAGUGAAAGACAUUGAAAUGAACAGUGGGGAUGGCUCAGUGACCAUUCUAAAUGAAGGAGAAGCCGAGCAAUACGUAUGAGACUAUUUAUUACAAUGCUGUACAAUAUGGUGAUGUUCUCCUUAAAAAAAAAGAAGAAAAAAAAAGAAGACUGUACAUUUCAAGAAAACGUUUGACUACAUUUUGUUUCUUUAUUCAAAAAAAUAUGAGACGACUUAGAAUGCAGUAAGACAGAAAAUGACACGUGUGACAUGACUGUUUUUGUAGUUACUCCCCUUGGACUAUUUUACCAGUCUUUUGCACAUCUCAACUCAGCUGUACAAUCAAGCAUUUUUAGCUUUUUAGGCCACAUUUACAACACAUCCAUUUACACUGGAUGGCUUGGGAAAAGAAAAACAACCCCACCAUGUCUGAAUUCAAUUUAGUGUUAGCAAAGUUCCAUCCACCUUAUCUUAAUCGAAUGUGUCUGCUCUGUAUUACCAUUAUUGCCUCGCCUUUAUGAAAACUUCUGUCACAUUCACGGCUAAACGAUAAGAUGAGCGAUAACGGAGAUGUUCGUAGGGGGAGAAUUCCAGUGGGCCACGCAGCAAUGGAAAACCUCGGCCUCUGUCUUUCAUGGGGUAGAUGUCUCAUUGUGUUUGAUCCAGCUGCACCUGUAUGGCACAGCGACACAACCCAGUGUGACAAAUGAGUGCUCGCACGGAAAAACAGACCCCGCCACUGUUAUUAUCCCACUGCCAUACCUUCCCCCUUGCCCUCUGUCUUUAUCUCUUGACUCUUUUUCUCUUCCUUUAAUUGUCCCCGCGCCUUCUUUUCUCUGCCUUUCCUCUGCCAGUCAACCUAUCCCUCCAUCUCUUAUUUCUGUCUAUCCUUCUGACCCUUUUUAUUCCUCUCUCUCUCUCUCUCUCUCUCUCUCUCUCUCUCUCACUCACUCUCUGUCUCUCUCACUCUCCUGACCAUUUUUAUACCUCUCUCUCUCUCUCUCUCUCUCUCUCUCUCUCUCUCUCUCUCUCUCUCUCUCUCUCUCUCUCUCUCCUGACCAUUUUUAUACCUCUCUCUCUCUCGCUCUUGCUCUCUCGCUCUACCCGGGUGUGUUUUCUCACAGAAGACUGGCCAAACACUCCAAGUGAGGAUUAAUCCAGUCCCCUGCCUUACAGACAUUUGAGGAUUUGAGAAUGUGGGAGGACUUUCCUCUUAGUCUUUUUCUUUGGCCUGAGUUCAGGGGAGGAGGUUUGGGAGAUAGCGUUUGUCUUUGUCACAAAACCAUACUAGAGUUUUCUCGUCAGCCAAGAGAUUUCAGGCAAAGAUAACCUGUGUGUCCUGUAAACGAGACUCCAUUAAAGAAAGAAAGAAAAAAAUAAAGAUGAACUUGUGUACAUUUUUUUAAAUUCAUGAGAAAUUGUGGAACGUCAUUUGUUGUCAACGUCCAUUGUUCAUCAUUUUGACAUGUAUGGUUUCUACUUUUUUUGUACUGUUUAUUAACUUAAAAUUACUUAAACUGUGUUUUUAUGGAUAUUUUCAUAUGCUGAAAUGUAUGUUCUUACUUUCGGGGAAAGUAAGUUUAAAGACUUAUUUUUUACAUUUGUUACAUAUGUAACAUCAGUAUUUUCCACUUUUGAUAAAACUAUAACAUGCUGUAUGCUUUGUACCUGUAAAAAGACA